GGUGAAAGUCUGCAAAUGCAACGCGAACUACAAUGGUUCAAGGAGGUGGAGAGUAUGUUGCCUAGUGAAAUGCAUGAAUUUUUCAAUGCUUCAAACUUGACAGCACGUGAACUAUUUACCAAGAACCACAAGAAAUUAAAGGAUGAAGCGGAAAUAUCCAUGAAAGGGAUUGCAGCUUCUUCUACAACUGUAGGUGCUCUGAUUGUUACUAUGAUGUUUGCCGUAGCAUUCACAGCUCCUGGCGGAACUGAUGGUAACACCGGUCUUCCAAUGUUUAUGCAUAAAAAGCUGUUCAAGAUUUUUAUACUCUCAGAUACAAUAUCACUCAUUUCUUCUGCAACUUCGGUAAUUACGUUCUUGGGACUUCUCACCUCAACUUAUGCAGAAGACGAUUUCCUUUGGUUCCUACCUACGAAAUUGAUGAUAGGCCUUUCUACACUCUUCAUCUCUAUUGUUGCCAUGAUGAUCACGUUUUCUUGUGCCCUUGCCAUUAUGUUUGAUGGAGAAGCAAAGAUGAUAAUUCCAGUCAUUGUGUUAGCAACUGUUCCCGUCGUGUCAUUUGCAAUUUUUUUAUUCCCCCUCCUUUUUGAGAUUUGCAGAUGCACUUAUGGACCUUCGAUGUUUCCUAAGAAAGCUGGCAUAAAACAUUCGAUCUUUGGUAAGAAAGCGGGCACAGAACAUUGAUGUUGUACAUCACUUCGUAUUUGGUUUUGUUUAUCUAAGAUUGUAUUUCCAAUUAUGUAUUCAAAACUUGUUAUCCUUGGUCAUGAGGGCCUAAAGAGUUUGGAAUUUGAAUAAGAGGAUGUAAUCUCAAAGAGUUCCAGACAGUUGUUUGGCUAAUCAAGGGUACCAUGGUGCCUCGCCAAUCGCAAAGGAUAGAUUGGAGUUAACCUCUCCAAUACAAUCUAGUUCAGAUUUACCAAUUUUAAAUGCCUGCCCUUUGAUUGCCAAAAAAUAAAAACAAACAAAAUUGAUGAAUUCAAAAUUGAUCAUAAAGUUGCCAAAAAUCCAAAUUAUUUCAUGUCCCUUACAGAAAAGGAGAUUUGAAAUGUUCCAAGCAGAGGGUAGCCAGAGAACCACAAGAUAAUCUGGACUAAAUAAAACCCCCCAAGAGUUUGGAAUCAGUGUAUGCCUCCAGAACAAAGCUGCAAGAAAUUGAUCAAAAGAUCUUAACCCUUGCAGCCGAAAGAUGAGGCAAUUAAUUUUUCAAAGGUAAAACCCAAAACCCAUUAGAAUCAGAUAUUGGCUCACUCACUCUGCUUUCUCUGUCUUCGCUGUCUGCUCUCUCCGUCUAACCCAGAAAGAGCAGGCACAGAAGAAUGAGAGAGACAAGAGAAUAGAGAACCUCUCUCUAUCAGAUCGGAAAAACAGAGAGAGAGGAGGCGGAGAAUGAAAAGAGAGA